AAAGCAAAAUGGCGACAGUGUGAAGUAGAAGAAGAAGAAGAAGAGGGAGAAGAAGAAGAAGAAGAAGAAGGCGACGGUGUCAAGUGCAAUGACAAACUUGAGGACACGGGCGGUCGUAGACAGGAGGAGAAGGAGGAGGAGGUGUGUCUUCUAAGAGCCAUGUGGUGGAGUCAGUGCUCCAACAAAGGCCGUGAACAGUGAUGAUGACACUUCUCCUAAAUCUCAUUCACCAACCUGACAACGAGGCAAGUGUCUUGGGGAAGAUAGCAGAAAGCAUUGCUACUAUGUCUAAUCUGAAGCCAAAUGCACAAGAGGACAAAGACGUGGAAUCUGUGUCUGACAGCCCAGGUCGUACUCUGGAGCCAUUACAGAGUCACACAUUCUCCCUGAAGAACAAUGCUGCAGGUCUGUCCUCAGAUGAACACGAAAACCCUUUAAAUGGAACCCAGCCGAAUCCAUUUGUAUACAGCAGUGUCCCUGCUGUUCCCCAUGCAGGCAAUUCAUUGCCUUCAGGAGCACUUGUUAAUGGACCAGGUUCACACCCCACCUCAGAGGUACACUGUGUCCUGAACAAAGGCUCUGUUUUAUCCAACAAUGUCCUGGAUGCCGAGUGGCAAGCGGAGAAGGACACAAGCCCCGAGGUGUUGCCACCACCUAGUGAGCUUCAAUCAGACGCUUGGAAGAACACAGCGGGGCCCGUCGUAAAAACACUGGCCACACAGCCAGGUGUCAACACGCCACUGUCUCACUCGGAGGAGAAUGAGUCUAAACUGGCCUAUUCCACACUGUCAGGUGACAGUGCAGAGCAAAUGCACAUUAGCCAACCUUUGACGAAACAGACAAUGAAAACAAGAUCUCGACGGGACGUAGAACGUUCAGAAAGCUCCUUGGAUGAUUAUGAUGAUGCUGAAGUAAUCAGAUGGGAUUCAGCAAGAGAGCGCGACUUGCAUGAUGACAGAAGGCUGGAGACCAAAGUGAUGCACCAAAGAGACGUGAAGCACAACACACAUGUACGAAGCAUGUCAGGCUCUCUAGAAAAGGUGAACAACAGCUUAAAUGACACAUACAGACGCUUCAGCUUCCACAGUAGUAAUGAUGUUGAAAACGUUGACAUUGCCAACAAAGAUGAGUCUUUGGGUACACAAUCUGAUAUUAAAUAUUCUGUUGUGCCAGUCAAAGAUCUUUCCAAGAACGCAGCUUCAGACUCCGAGCGUAUUUAUAGCACAGUGCAGGAAGGCUGUAAUGAGGGAAAUGACCCUGAAGAUGAAGACACUUUUAGUCCAGAAGUGGAACAGUUGAAGACGGAACAAGUUGAACAAGAGCCACUUUUCUUUUCAUGCACAAUAUGCAAUGUUAAUUUCAAGGAAAAAAUACAUUUCCAUAGACAUAUGAUGUAUCAUUUAGGCAAGCAUAAUCAGGUGAACAGCGAGAAUGUUUCGCAGCCCUUUAUAUGCAGGGAGUGUGGGCGUUUGUUCUGUGAUAGCAGCUCCCUCCUGAGCCACAUCAUUAUUCACCAAGACAGGCUGGAAAAACUUAUGGAGGAAAUCAAAGGUCUCAAAAACACUGAAUUGGAAGACAGGAAGUGCCCUCAGUGUGUGUUUGAGUGUAACUGCCCUAAAAUCUUUGUCCAGCACGCCAAAACACAUGAUAAUCUAAAGCACUACUAUUUCUGCGAGGAGUGUAACUACAUUACACUGACACAGCAGGCACUUGAAGCACAUUUACAUGUCACACACCGGUCUCAUUCUAGGAAAGUGACUCAUACUAAUGAUCCAAAGGAAGCAGACGGUGUUCAGCGUAAAAUGGAUUUUCUCACUAGCAGAGACAAAGUGGAAUUAGAAAGACAUUCUGAGCCGGAGCAACAACAACCACGAUACGUUAAUUAUAAAAAUGUUGUCAACCCAGCCAAAAUUGCUGGGUCUAAACCAAAUCGGUUGACUUUUGGAGAAACAGCCCAUUUCCCCCACUGUUCUGGUAAAAAAGGGGACGUUUACAUUCAGAAGUCCCUUGACAAAACCUUAAAUUCUCCACAGUUUAAAUGCCGUGUUGGCUGCACCAAAAACAUGCUCUCACCCUCGUUGUGGAGGGUCAACAGGCAUGGAAAAUUACUCCUACAACCAGCAGAAAAAUUAGAUGUGUCAACUGAUCUCACCUGUGUGGAAAAAGAUGCUGAAAACAAUGACUGCAGGGCUUUUGGCAGCCCAAAGCAGGCAAACUGUCCUGCAACCGUCGAUUUUUUACUAUCAGCCAGGAAUCUUAAAUUAGACCAGAUGUUCUAUCAGGGUAGCAAGAACGACUGGGCAAGCGGGAGUUUACAAGCACAAGCAAAGCAAAAAUCUCCAUCAAUGAGAGCAGUGUCAACGCCCUUGCAUAACACUAUUGACAAUUUGAAUGUUAAUGUAUCGCCAAGGCUUAGCCAGAGGCUAAACAAGCAGUCUGCAGAUCAGGAGUUGAAGAAAGGCUGUGAGGGCAGCAGUAACUUCAGUGAUGACACCAGUGGAGCUACAGGCAGCUUCUUGGAAAGCAGUGAGAAUGAAAGGAACCCGUAUGCUCGGAGGCAUUUCAGAAAAAGGCAGAGGUUUUCAGCCGAAGACCAAAGCCCUCAUGUACUCAAGGAUGAAGAUGAUGGAGAUGAAGACUGUAGUGACAUAGAGCAACUCGUAAUCAAGGAGGAGCACAUCGAAACUACAGUGUGUGAUGAUUCCCCAGGGUCGCCUUGUACGUCUACAAGUGACAGCUUUGAUGUUUUCCCCUCUCCAGGGGUAGAACACAAGCCCUGUCCGUACUGCCCCGCCAUGUUUGAAUCUGGUGUGGGUCUGUCUAAUCAUGUGCGAGGGCACCUUCACCGAGUUGGCUUGAGCUAUAACGCCCGGCACAUGGUCUCCCCGGAGCAAGUGGCACUGCGGGACUAUCACCCACGAAUCCGCAGGAGGAUCCCCUGUGGCACCAGAAAAAUAAGAAAAGCUGUUAAGCCAGAAACACAAGAAGAGCACACAUGUCCACUGUGCUGCGGCUGGUUUGAUACGAAGACGGGCCUCUCCAACCAUGUGAGGGGACAUCUGAAACGAAUUGGAAGAAGUUUCACCAGCACUAGUAAAUCCCCGCUGUGCAUCCUAAAUGAACUCCUCCAAGACAAAAUGGAGCAUCAGAACAUCCUGCAGGUGCUCAGCAAGAGCCAAUAUCCCUCAAGAUCCUUUGUCCCCCCAAAACUCCGCAGCAGCAAGGACCUGGUCCUGAUGAGCACGGGCAUCCCAGUGAAAAUCAAGCAGGAGAGGAGGAGUCCACAUCCCAUGUCGGACAGCUUUGUACCAAAACAGGAGGCAGAGGCCUUCUCAGACAGGAAGAAGCUUCCAGUAGAAGCAAAAAGAGGCAGCAAGGCUUCUUCAAGCACUUUAGUUGAACUGCUGAAGAUGAGACAGGAAAGUUUGGAGCUGACAGCAAGGAACAACCAGGAAGUUUAUGCAAGCAGGAAGCUCUGUGAUUUGACCAAAGAAUACAUGGAGGAAACACAGAUAACCGGUGUGGGACCGACCUGGACUCAUGAAGAAUAUGAUCCAAAUAAGAUUUGUAUUCAAUGCAACGGCACCUUCCCCAGGCUUCCUGGACAUUUUCGAGCCUAUGCACACAGGAAGAGACUUGGCAUUUUUGAAGAGCCUGGCUACGAUUAUAAACAGAAGAAACCAAGACCAAGGCCUGGGCUGAAAAAGAAGAUUUUACCCUCCUUGAAUGCUGAGAUCUACACACUCACCUGCAGAUUCUGUGAUCUGGUCUUCCAGGGGCCCCUGUCUGUCCAGGAGGACUGGAUCAAGCAUUUACAGAGACACCUCCUGCACACCAGGGUGCCUCACUCAGGAACAGGGAUGGUCGAGGUUUUGGGUCCUCAUCACAAAAAACAGAUAGGCACGUCUGGUGUGAGAACGUGUUGUAAUUAGUGACAUCAUCAACAGUGAAAAGACCACCGGUACUGAACCGGUACUGAACUGUUACUGAACCGGUACUGAACUGUUACUGAACCGGUACUGAACGUUUUCAUGUCCAUCAGCUGCUCUCCAAACUUGUUUACAACUUACAACUCAGUGCUUAUUUUGCUGGGUAGCAGCGACUGUUCCAUAUUUCCUUACAGACAGGAAAAUGGCUAUGCAAUGUUCAAAGAUGACAUACAUGUUUAAGUGAUGUUUGAAUGUUUUCCAGGGAAUGUCUCUGGAAUACAGCGCUCUUCCUUUGUCCCAGGACACUUCCUUUGUUUUCUUGUUCUGUGUGCACGUCAUACUCAAAUGUUAAGUUUGUCCUCCUUUGACCCGUCGUGGUCUUGUCUGGUUGAAUCGACUGACAAAACACUUCACAGUUUUGAUAAACACUUUAUUCUUGUCUAAAGUCGUUUAUUAGAAAGAAAAACAUGAGUAUGUGCUUUCACAUCUGUAUUGAAUUAAUAUAAAUGUAUAUUUUGCUUUCAGUAAGAUGGCCCAUCGUAGUUUUUUACAUUCUAUUAAAAGCCAACAACUAUUAUAUAUUAAAAAAAAGCAAAUAGCGCCAUAGAUUUACAAACAAAGAGCUAUUAAGCUUUAAUAAUCAAAUGUCACUUUAGGUAUUUAUGUAUUUAUCUUUCUUGAGAAGUAAAAGUUGUUAAAUUAAGAAACGUUUCUAUAGAAUUAAUGUUACUCCCUCCUCAGGCUUGGUAGUUUUCAGACGGAGCAUUAGUCAUAUUUUGAUACAACUUGAUGUAGAUAAAUGUUUGUACAGAAAUCAGUGACACUGAUUAUAAAACUUGCAUGUUACAGAAGUGUAAGUUAAAUACGUCCAGUGAAUUAUUAUUAUUACCGGUACUCAGACAAAUACAGUAAAGCAUUCAUCAUUGAUGCUAUUAGUGUUUUUGAGACCAGCCAGAAAAAAAUCAACAUUUGUUUUAUGCUUCCAGUAUUCAUCCAUUAUAUGCUUUGUUUUCUAUGUCUGUACAGAAGUAGUGUAUAUAUAUAAAGAUAAUUAUUUACA